AUGGAUAGUGACAAAGUGACAUUUAGAGCUGUCGCCGUACAAAUUCUAGCAACAUUUUCAAUUGCCUUCCUAGCAGCUUUAUCUGGAUUACUGUACUCUUGGCCGUCGUACAAUGUCGCCAAUUUUGUCUCCAACGAGACAGUUCUGGCAGAACCUAUGGACUCUGUCCAAAUUUCUCUACUUGGAAGCGUAUUGAAUAUAGGAACCUUUUUUUUGACGCCGUUGGUUGGUUGGGUGAUGAAUAAGAUUGGUCGGAAGUACACAAUGAUAUGCACUGGCCUGCCUUUUGUAAUAGGCUGGUCAAUAAUAUAUAUUAAUAAAUCAGUUGUCGGGGUUAUAGUCGCCAUGGCAAUAGGCGGCUGUGGUACAGCUGGUCAAGCUGCCGGUACAAUUUUUGUCUCCGAAAUAGCUCAUGUUUCAAUCCGCGGAGCUCUGACUUCAUCCAUUCUUAUCAUCUAUUUCCUUGGUGUUCUGGUGUCAUAUGCUGUUGGAGGGUAUUUGUCAUACUUCCAGAUAAUUUACAUGCAGUUGACAUUAGCUGUUUUAAAUAUUGUGAUGUUGUCACUAUUGAAAGAUUCUCCAGUUUAUUUGCUCCAAAAAGGAAGAGAGAAGGAAGCAGCGGAGUCCCUCGCCUUCUACAGACAGACAAGCCCGACAUCGAAUCAGGUUAAGAUGGAAUUGUAUAAUAUUAAAUCACAACUGGAUUCAACACCGGCUAAAGCAGUUGACGAAGGGGGAGAUCCUACUGUGACCAAAGAAUUAUUGGACACUCCAAAGCGGAAGAAUCUAUCAGAAUGGCAAUUCUUAAAACAGUCACCAUCAUCCACACGGGCUUUCAUUAUAUCUUUAAUUGUGAUGGCUAUCAUGGUGCUUAUGGGUAACAUGCCACUGCAGGUCUAUGCUGAAAGUCUUUUCCGAGAAGCAGUUCCUUCUUCUGAUGCCAACAAGUGCUCUGUAUGGCUGGCUGUUGAUUUCGUUGCUGCUACUGUGAUGUGCUCAUUAAUUAUUGAUCGACUUGGUAGAAAAGUGAUAACAAUCUUCACAUGCGCAGGCGCCUCAGUUUGUACAGUAAUAUUGGGAACAUUGAUUCAGUUUCAGUGGGCUCCGGAAUGGUUCACUAUGUUUAUGUUAUAUCUGUAUAAUUUCCUCUUUAACAUGGGAAUAGCAGUGAUACCUUAUGUGUUGAUAGGAGAGUUUUUUUUACCCGAAGUGCGGUCCUUCUGCUGCAGUUUUACUGUGUCAACUGGGUUUGGUUUGAAUUUCGUUUCCACUCUUAUUAUAACCCUGGUUAUGGAAAAUUACGGCUUUGCUCCUCUCUUUUACGGAUUCAGUAUAGUAGGCUUCGCAGGUGCCCUCUUCGCUUUGUUUUAUUUACCCGAAACCAAAGGGCUAUCUGUGGAAGCUAUCCAAAUGCUGUUUCUAAAGAAAAAUAGGCAGAAAAUCGAAUCUUAG